AUGUUCGCGCUGGAGCAGUUCGAGCCGCAGAUGAGCAGCCGCAGCGGCGGGCAGGGCGAGCGGGGCUUCGGCCAGCCCGGACUGAGCAUGAGCUCGCACUUCAAGGCGCCGGCCUUCCCCGGCGGCGGCCCGGCGGCGGCGGUGGACCCGGCCCUGGGCGCGCUGGGCGAGCCGCCCCUCCUGGGCAUGAACAUGAGCCUGGCCGGGGACGCCUACGGCUUCCCGGGCCGCGGCCCCGCCGAGCUGCACGGCGGCGGCAUGCAGCCGCCGGUGCACGGCUUCUUCGGCGGGCAGCAGCCGCACGGCGGCCACGCCGGCGCCCACCACCCGCACCAGCACCACCCGCACUUCGGCGGCAACUUCGGGCCUGACCCCGGCGCCUCCUGCGUGCACGGUGGCCGGCUCCUGGGCUACAGCGGCGCGCUGGGCGGCCAGACGGCGUUCGCCGACGGCUACGAGCACAUGGCCGAGAGCCAGGGUGCUGAGGGCUUCGGGCAGCAGCGUCCCGGGAACUUGCCCGACUUUCAGCACCACAACGGCGGCGCCUCCAGCCACGCGGUGCCAGCGCCCUGCCUCCCCCUCGACCAGUCCCCCAACCGUGCUGCCUCCUUCCACGGGCUGCCCGCAGCUGGCUCCGCCGAGCCCCACGGCCUGGAGCAGCGGCGACUUCCCGCGCAGGGCGGCGUGGACUCUCUGGAAUACAAUUACCCCAGCGACGGCCCCGCUGGGCACUUCGAGCUGCCUGUCUUCUCCCCGUCAGAGCCCGAGGGGCAGCUGCCGCACUACGGCGGCGGGCGGCAGGUGCCGGCGGGCGGCAGCUUCGCGGGGGCGCCCGCCCUGCCGCGGCCGCCGGGCAUGGCCGUGGCCAAGGCGCACCCGCCACAGCAGCACGGCGUCUUCUUCGAGCGCUUCGGGGGGGCGCGGAAGAUGUCCGCCGGCCUGGAGCCGGGGACCAGCGCCAGGCACCCGCUGAUGCAGCCGCAGCCGCAGCAGCCCGGUUUGCUGGCCAGACAGAACUCCUGCCCGCCAGCCAUCCCUAGGCAACAGCAAGCAGAAGCCAGUGCUCCCAAUCCCAACUUGCAGGACAAUGGGCCGAUAAUGCAGAACCAGCACGCACAGUUUGAAUACCCUAUUCACAGACUGGAGAACAGGAAUAUGCAUCCCUACGCCGACCCCGUGUUUAAUAUGCAGCACCCUCCUCCGCAACAGCCACCAAAUCAAAGACUGCAGCACUUCGAUGCCCCUUACGUGAACGUCGCCAAGAGGCCGCGGUUCGACUUCCCCGGCAACCCCGGCGCGGAGCGGUGUGCCUCCUGGGGCGGCAGCAUGCACGGCCCCGCUGUGGAGAGCCACCUCUCCCCGACGGCCUACCCCGGCCUGCCGGGCGAGUUCACGCCACCGGCGCCCGAGGCCUUCGGCGGGCCGCUGCCACACGGCGGCCCCGAGCACCCGGCGCUGGCGCAGCGCCAGAACGCGGCCCUGGUGAUGAAGCAGAUGGCGUCGCGCAGCCAGCAGCGCCUGCGGCCGCCCAGCCUCCAGCAGCUGGGCCACCACGGUGAGGUGGGGCCGCCCGGCGGGCUGCCCCCGCCCGCCUUCGAGCGCGAUGGCGGCGCUGCCCGCGGCUUCGACCCACCAGCGCCGCACCUGGCCCCGGAGAGCGCCUGGUUCACGGGGCCGCCGCCGCCGCCCGGCGACCUGCUGCCGCGGCGCAUGGCGGCUCCGGGGCUGCCGGCCGAGCCCGCCCCGCACGAGCUGGGCCUGCAGCCCGGUGGCGGCGGCGGCGGCGGCGUGCUCUUCCGGCCGGGUGCCGGCGCGCUGGGGCUGCAGGAGCCGCUGCGGAUGGCGGGCGAGGGGCCGGCACAGGCCCUGCCCUCGCCCGGCGUCCACCCGCCCUUCGCGCCGGCCAUGGGUGGCCUCUCCCAGCUGCAGUCGCCGGGCAGCGGCGUGGCGCUGCCCAGUGCCCCCGCGGAGCGCCGCGGCCCCGCUGACUUCGCGGCGCAGCCCGGCUUCGCCUUCGCGGCGGCCGCCCGGCAGCCGGCGGCGCACGGCACGGCACCCGCCCUCAGCGCCUCGCCGGGCGCCUACCCACCGCCGCCAUCCGAGUUUCCCCCGCCGCCGCCGCCGCCGCGGCCCGCCGCCAGCAAGCUAGGCGCCCUCUCGCUGGGCUCCUUCAGCAAGCCGGCCGCCAAGGACAACGUCUUCGGGCAGAGCUGCCUGGCCGCGCUCUCCACCGCCUGCCAGAACAUGAUCGCCAGCCUGGGCGCCCCCAACCUCAACGUCACCUUCAACAAGAAGAGCCCGGCCGAGGCCAAGCGCAAGCUCGGCCAGGCCGAGCCCGAGGCGCCGCCCGCGGCCCCCGACUACUUCCCGGCGGGGCCGCCGGCGGGCGGGGGCGGUGCCGCCAAGGCCGCGGGCCCCGCGCCGCUGCUGCCCGCCGAGAGCAGCCUCUCGCCCGGCUACGCGCUGGAGCCGGCGGGCGGCGGCGAGGGGAAGGCGGGCGGCGGGCGGGGGCGGGGCCGCCGGAAACGGGACAGCGGGCACGUGAGCCCCGGCACCUUCUUCGACAAGUUCUCGGCCGCGGAGGGCGGCGGCGCCGGCGUGAGCCCGGGGCCGCCGGGGGGCCCGCCGGGGGCCACGGGCGCCGAGCGCGGCGGGGGCACCCCGCAUGACAAGCCGCUGACCUCGCCGUCGUGGGGCAAGGGCGGCGAGCUGCUGCUGGGCGAGCAGCCCGACCUCAUGUCCUCGCUGGACAGCGGCAUUCAGAGCGUGACCAAGUCAGACGGCAGUUCCCCCCACGUGGACUUCCCCGACGAGGUCAGCACCAGCUACGGCAACGAGGACGAGGUGUCGUCCAGCUCCGACAACGCCGUCUCCAAGCCCACGCGCAGCCCGCUGCUGGGCGGCUCGCCCAAGCUGCCCCGGGGGGAGCACGCCCUUCUCAACGGACAGAAGCCCCUGGCCCUUGGCCUCCUCAAUACAUCUACCUCGACCCCCGACAGCUACGGGCUCAGCACCACGGCGGGCGCCCACCCUGGCACGCCGGGCAUGGAGCAGGUGCGGACCCCCACGAGCACCUCAGCCCAGGAUGAGAUCCACCCGCUGGAGAUCCUGCAGGCGCAGAUCCAGCUCCAGCGGCAGCAGUUCAGCAUCUCGGAAGACCAGCCCCUGGGGCUGAAGAGCAAAAAGGGGGAGUGCGCAGGGCAGAACGGGGACACUGACUUGGGCAGCUGUUGCUCGGAGGGCGUCAAGGGUGCCAUGAGUACCAUUGACCUGGACUCCCUGAUGGCAGAGCACAACUCCACCUGGUACCUGCCUGGCGAGAAGGCCAUGAUGGAGGGGCAGGAUGAGGACAAGCCCAUGGCGCCCUGGGAGAAGCCCAAGCCCCCGAACUCCAGCAAAGAAGCCCACGACCUUCCCCCGAACAAGACCUCAGCGCCGGCGCAGACUGGCAGCCACUUGCAAUGCCUCUCGGUUCACUGCACGGAUGACAUGGGCGAGGCGAAGGGCCGGACUGCGGUGCCGACAUGGAGAUCCCUGCACUCAGACAUCUCCAACAGAUUUGGGACUUUUGUGGCUGCCCUGACUUGAACAAAAGAAAUUAUUUUUUUCCUCUUUUUAAUUUCAAAGGGCCGCUACUGCUAGGUGGACUAUUUUUCUAGGUUGGUACCUGCUUAGUGGCAUAUGGACAGGAAAGGGUUAAUUUAAAGUAAACCUCAACUUUUUUUUUAAUCUUCUGCCACAGUAUGUUACCAGUGUUAACCCUUCUGCAGUUAGCACACUUUUGCUUAAGAUUUUCCUGCUAGACCACUUUUUCCCAUUAGUCUGUAAUCUUGGCAUACAUUUAUAGAUGAGGCCUUUCCUUUUUCAUCUCAGCGUAUGUCCAAGUCACAUAUGUCAUAAUAAGACGAAAAUACUACUUCUCCUCCUCCCUUUCUUUUUCAUUUUUUUUCUUUUUUCCUUUUCCUUUUUUUGCUUUGUUCAGUGCUUAUUACAAUGGUAAUCCUGAAGAACAGCAGUUCAGGAAUAAAUGCCGGUUAAAGCGAAAUUAUCAUCAUUAUAUUACAUGUUGACACCCAGCUUUCGCCAGUCACAUACAAACCAAACAAUUAAUGCUCUGUUAGAUAUUCAGGCAAUGAUUCUAUUCUUUCUUGGAAAGAUUUUUUUUUGUCAUUAAUAACACAAUUUAACCACCUCCCUCCCACGUUUGCUUUCUCCAUCUCUCCCUCUUUAGGUGAGGACAGGAUUUGGUUUAUUUACUGGUGCGAAGCCCAGAUACAGAGUUCUGUUGCAAACAGCCCUGAAUUUUGUUCUAAAUAAGUCUAACAGGAAGUUUACUUAAAUGAUUAAUAAUUAUCAUCUUCUCCCCCAAACACCCAGAUUGCAGUAGAAUUUGUUUUACCUCCUUCUCUCCCUUGCAAGGCUGAGUAAGGGGUGCAGACAUGCUCCAGAGUGUGGUUUGCAGCCUUUCACAUUUGUGGUGCAGUUGUUGGAGUUGUCACUUUAUUUUAUAACUGUUUAAAGAAAUCUCCCCCAAAGCUACAAAGACCGCCUGUGUGUUGCUCUUAAUCUGCGGGGCAAUGUCCUAGCCACAUGGAGGUAAGCCUGGUGUGGCACUGGGAUGCUGAGCUCCCUCAUGCCAGGCUGGGUUUAAGUCUACCAUCUUGCUGUUACUGGAGUUGCCAAAGUCCCUGGAAGGCUGUACUGAAGCAAAGUUCCCAUUUUUCCCCCUUUCGUUUGCUGAAGGAAGAUAGCUGUCGACUGGAAGUGUUAGGUAGCUUCCUGCAUACUCGUCCAUAGUCAGGAACAGCGUGGUGGCUGUGGCGCUGUCCCUGGGGCACCUGCCAUGGUGUCCUGGCGCAGUGGUGACCGUAGCGGUGCUGGUGCCGAGCGAGGGACUGCCAGGGUCAGAGCAGGGACUGCAGAUCUGCGUGCAUCUCUGUCCUGGUGUGAGAGUGUUUUUGUUCUAACCCUUCUUCAAACACCAUUCCCCAUAUGCUGGGGUCGAUGUUUUCUCCUCUAUCAGGACUGGGAAACCCCAAGUUAGAUGCCCUGAGCUCGUUCUAGGACCCAUUUUUGCUAUGCAUAUGAAGAACAGUAUUAUUAGAUGCACACAAUAAAAGGAAAAACAUGCUUUCCUGCUCUUGAUAGAUAAUACUCAUCUGAGAAGUAAGUUGGAAGCAAACCAACUAAAAACAAAAAUGACAUGAUCUGACACUCCUGUGGUUUUACGUAACACUGUCUGUUAUUUGUGUAUCCUCUGUUUACAGGGAGUGUGAACAGUCCCACCCUUGUUCAGGCCAGCUUGGUUUCCUCUGCUCCCUGAAACUUAAAAACUUCAUUGGAUAUUUAGGUUUUAGCUGUGAAAUAAAGGUCAGAGUCUCUAGUGUUA